AUGCUCGCAGCGCUGUGGCCGUGCGCCCGCCUGCAGCAAAAGUACGCACUCGUGGCGUACCUCCUGCACUUCCUCCAUCAUGCGCUCUACGCCAAGAAGCCGCGCUUGUACAAGCAAGACAACCCGGUCACGGCGCGGCUGCUCGCCACCUGCAGCCUCCUGCUGGACAAGUACCAUCCGAGUUGGUUUCUCUUCAACGGGCACGUGCAGACGAUCCUGGUCGCGAUGGGCUCCGACGCGCCGAAGGUCGACUACAAGCGCGAGAUCAUGAGCUUGUCGGACGGCGGGAUCGUGUCGCUGGACUGGGCGCAACAUCCGGAUGGCGGAUCUUACGGCCAUGACCAUCCGACGGUGCUGCUCUUGCACGGCUUGACGGGCGGUAGCUCCGAGAUUUACAUUCGCAUGACAGCGGUGAAGCUCAUGCGAGCAGGGUGGCGCGUCGUCGUCAUGAACGCCCGGGGCUGCGCCAAGACACCGGUCGUGACCGCCAAGCUCUUUUGCGCCGCCUAUACGCAAGACAUGCGCGAGACUGUUCGGUAUCUGCGCGAGGAGCAUGUACCAACAGCGCCGCUCAUUGCCGGUGGCUUCUCGCUCGGCUCCAACAUCCUCCUCAAGUACGUCGGCGAGGAAGGCGAGAGCUGCCUCCUCACCGGCGCCGUCUCGGUGGGAAACCCCUACGACCUCCUCGCCUCGAACCGGAACCUCAUGCACUCAUGGCUCCAUAACCUGUUCUACCGCAGCGCGCUCACGUCCAACCUCCUCACGCUCUUCUUUGAAAAGUCGAAUGCGCACACCCACUUUGUGGAACACCCCACUGUCGACCUGGACCAUCUCCGCCGUGCGCAGAGCGUCUGGGACUUUGACGACCGCCUCACGCGCCAUGUGUUUGGGUAUGCGACCGUGAGCGACUACUACCGCGAUGCAUCCUGCAGCCAGUACCUCAAGCACAUUCGCAUUCCAACGUUGUGCUUGACGGCAGAAGACGACCCGAUCUCGAUCCACACCGGUAUCCCGUACGACGACUGCGAGGCCAACCGCCACAUAUUGCUGGCCGUGACCGAGCGUGGUGGUCAUCUCGGCUUCUUCACGGGCGGCAGCGUCGUCACCUUCCCCGAUAUGUGGGCGUCCAAUGUGUUUGUCCAGUUCUGCAACGCGCUAGAAGACCUCGCGUCCGAAGCGGUUCCGCUGCAACGGCCUGGCGUCUCGGUGCUCGGUCGACUCUUCCAGCCCGGUGUCAAGCCCGUUUCGACCAGCACAGUGCAGGAUCCAGCAACGCCCGGCGAAGCGCCAGAGACAACCAGCGCGCAAUGGGUGUAUGCUAUUGGUGUGGUCGUCGGGCUUGGUCUCGGCGCCAAGGCUAUGUACGACCGCCGGUCGCUCGUGCUCGGAACGCGUAUCUGGUGGUAUUAA